GCAGGCGCACAAAACGACCUUUUACUGACAUUGAGCCCUUCAAAAUAUCGAGAAAUACAUCAGAAAUUUCACAAACUUCGUAAAUACUCCCAAUCUAAACGUGUAAUCAGUCAGAAUCGCCGCGAACCAUUUCGCAAAAAUAACAGGUUAGAAAAUGUCUCUGAGCUCCGUAGUGGUGACAACCACUCCCUUCGAGGGGCAGAAGCCGGGUACGAGUGGCCUAAGGAAGAAAGUCAAGGUGUUUAUGGAGAAGCACUACACCGAGAACUUCAUUCAGUCUAUAUUUAAUGCCCUCGGAGACAAAGUUAAGGGCUCCACAUUGAUCGUAGGAGGGGACGGACGCUAUUUCUCCAAGCAGGCUAUCAACAUUAUCAUCAGGAUUGCUUCAGCUAAUGGGGUUGCCAAACUGAUCAUAGGACAACUAGGCAUCUUGUCUACACCCGCCGUUUCAAGCUUGAUCAGAACGCAUAAUGUUCUAGGUGGCAUCGUUUUGACUGCAUCUCACAACCCGGGUGGCAUCAGGAACGACUUCGGCAUAAAGUACAAUAUCGAAAAUGGUGGACCUGCGCCCGAUUCGGUCUCUGACGCCAUUUACGAAAACACCAAGAAGAUUACUGAGUACCGUACAACGCCCAAGCUUGAAACCGACAGGCUUAUCGAUAUAAUAGGCACCACGACUUUCAACGUGGACGGGCGCGAUUUUGUAGUGGAGAUCAUCGAUUCCGCUAUCAAUUACGUGUCACUGAUGAAGGAAAUUUUCGACUUCCCCAAACUGAGGACUGUGAUCCGCGGCACAGAGACCAGGCCUGCUUUCAAUGUACUCAUCGAUUCCAUGAACGGAGUAACGGGUGUAUACGUGAGGCGCAUUUUCGUGGAAGAAUUGGGCGCUAGCCCCGACCAUAACGUCUGUCGAAUCAUUCCUUUGGACAACUUCGGCGAGAUCCACCCUGACCCUAACCUGACCUACGCCAAAGAUCUCGUUGACAAAGUCAAGGAUAACGAGGAGUACGAUUUGGGAGCGGCUUUUGAUGGGGAUGGGGAUCGUAACAUGAUCAUAGGAAAGAAGGCCUUCUUCGUGACACCCAGCGACAGUCUGGCGGUUCUAGCGAACAAUUUGCAGUGCAUUCCGUACUUCCAGAAGAACGGAGUGCACGGUUUCGCUAGGUCCAUGCCCACAGCGGCCGCAGUGGACAGGGUGGCGUCGAAACUCGGCAAAGAAAUGUUUGAGGUUCCGACGGGAUGGAAAUACUUCGGGAACUUAAUGGACGCCGGUAGACUCUCACUUUGCGGUGAGGAAAGUUUCGGCACCGGUUCUGACCAUAUCCGUGAGAAAGACGGCAUUUGGGCGGUGCUGGCGUGGCUGUCCAUCAUCGAACACAAAAACAUGAGCGUGGAGGACAUCUUGAAGGAGCACUGGAGUACUUACGGACGCAACUACUUCACCAGGUAUGAUUAUGAGGAAUGCGAAAGCGAUGCGGCCAAUCAGAUGAUGGCUCACCUGGAACAGACGAUCGCCAGCAAAGAUUUCGUCGGCAAAAGCUACACCUUCGGCGGUAAGACGUACACGGUCAGCCAAGCCGAUAACUUCUCGUAUGUGGAUCCCAUUGACAACAGUGUCGCUAAAAAUCAGGGAAUCCGGGUGCUGUUCGAGGAUGGUUCGAGACUGAUCUAUAGGCUUUCCGGCACGGGCAGUAGCGGCGCCACCAUCAGAGUGUACAUUGACAGUUACGAGAAGGAAAACGUCCUCACCGACGCUCAGGUUGUAUUGAAGCCUCUAGUGGAAAUCGGGUUAGAAAUUUCGCAGCUGAAGAAGUUCACCGGCCGCGAUGCUCCCACCGUCAUCACUUAAUCCGGUGAUUGGAGCACUAGCCGUACUAAAUCUAGACAGAAAUUUAUUUAACGUCGGUGUUUUUGCACAACAUAUUUGCCAUUUUUUUUAUAGGCUAGAUAUGUCACAUUUUGUUUAUACAUGUAUGUCUUUAUUUUGUUAUAAGUAUCAAUUAUAUAUUUUUUAAUGUUG